AUGCGUUCGUUCUUCCUCGGGACGUCUCUUUCACUCCUUUACGCGGUCAGCGUAGCUGCUGUUCCUCACUCUACCAGAGUUUCCACGACUCCUUCAGCACCCUCAUCAACCCCUGACUUUAAGCUCAAAAACCUGGCUGCAUUGGCAGAUCAGGCCACGGGAGCUUGGAAAGAUGCUCAGUGUACUACCAAUAUCACUGAUGCGACAUUAGAUCCCACUGCUCGUUGGAAUGCAGCCAACGCCGAUGAUGCCCUGAAAUCUGCCUUGGAUGCCUGGGCCACGUCCGGUCCUUCCACUGGCCUCGGCUUUCCUGAGUUUAUUAGCAAUUACUUUUCUGGUCCUGACAACUGGAACUGUGCGGAUAUUGGCAACACUGCUUGCUCCACAGUGCUGACCUGUAACCAGGCAGAGUAUCCUGCCGGAUAUCUGAUUAUGAAUUCUUUCUCCUCGAUCCACCAGCUUCAUCAACAAACCUACAACGCUCUCGGAGAUGCUCUGAAUAGAAUGCAAAAUGAUAUUGGUGCCUUUUCGGGCAUCUUUGCGCCUCAACUCAAAGACAACACUGAGCUCAUCAAGUUCAUUAUAGAUGCCAUUGUCUUGGUGGCUAGCAUUGGCAGCUCUUUUGCAUGGAAUAUUGCGUUCAAGGGCCUCAGUAUGGCCACGUCAAAAUAUUUCUCAAUGGGCAAAGACGUGACUAACGCUGCGCUCAUUUCUUUUACCACUUCGAUGGGUAAAGACUCAAUGAAAUCCACCAAAGACGCAUUGGGCACCCAGAAUGGCAUUUCCUCCGCCCUUGGCGUAUACUUUUCUGCCUGGACUGGUAUGGAGAGCGGAUAUAUGUCCUCGCUCUUUGAUGGAGCGAAUGAUGAUUCUUCAAUUUCUCCUCUGAAAACUUUAACGUCCAGCGGCUCAAUGCUUCUACUUUCGUCAAAAGUGGACUUGACUGGGAUGACCGCUCAGGCGCAAAAGAUCCUUUAUGGACAGUUAAUUCCGGCGGCUUGGGCGCAAGGACCUGGCACCCUCUACCCCCGAAUCCUGCGGAAAGCUGGAGCUUGUUCUACGGCAAUUGACCAAGACGUUCUCGAUUACAUGGAUAAGGGCGCUCUAGUCGGCGGCCCCCCUGGUGGGGACCAUCAGACUCUUAACGGAGAUGCCUGGGGCGGUGUCAUCCUGGAGGAUAUAGUUCAGAGCUCUUACCAGGCCUACCAGCUGAAUGGCAACAAAAAUGGCUAUGAGAUGCCCGCUCUGUCAAAGAUUGUUGAUGGAGCAGGCACAGAGGGUGAUUUGGUUUUCGAGAACGGAAUCCGAACUCCGGGAUUCUUCAACCUACCAAUCUGCGACGAUAUUGCUGCAGCGGCUGACGUUGUCAGUUGGGGCGGAACAAAGGGAAAAUACUGGCCUUGCGAAGCACCAGAAGGAUACAACGCUGGUGGAACUAAUGUGCACGUCAACAACGGAUGCAUCAAUGUGGACGGUGAGACCCUAUGCAAGUCAAAGACCAAGUCUACCAAUAUUGCAGACCAGGCUACGGGAGACAGUGUCGCGACCAUCUACGCACAGUUUGAUGGAGACAACAAGACUUCCUACAAAGUUGUUCCUGGCUGCAAGCUGCAAGCUACCUGGCCCCGCGCCUAUGGCGACGUUUACUUUGGGGCCGAUAACUGUCUGUAUGAUUCGACUGGCACCAAUAUAAAUGGCCAGUGCUGUACCGAGAAGACCGAGGACUCGAUUGUCAACCCGUACUAUGGAUAUUAG